AAAUGUAGCAUCAAUUUGUAGCUAGGCUUUGAGUGGGCUUUUAUUUUGACAUUUUUACACCGGAACAUCCCCGUUAACAUUAUAGUCAAAGGAAAUAAGCAGAUGAGGCGCCACUGAUACGUUUGGGAGGGAGCAGACUUUCUUCUUGUGGCAAGUAAAUGAUGGAACUGGACGAUGAACUGGAGAACUUCAUCAGGGAGCGUAAGGCAAGAGUGGCCCAAGAUAGAGCAAGUUUAGAGGAAGAUGCUCCUUACAUGGAAAUCAGGGCAAAACCUCACAGAAGCUAUCGGUCCACGCUCAAGGAGAACAUUCCCCCCAAGUUGACUAUACAAGAGAAAGAAGAGAUCUACAGUGUGGGUCUCCCCCUUGGUGUGGAGUACGAUAAAAAGAAGAAGAGACUUCAGCAUGAGCGUCGUAUGGAAUACAGAAGCUACAUGGCACAGCAAAAGCUGCUUGAAAAGAAGACAAGCGAUGUUCUCAAACAGCAAACACCUUCAUGGAGGGAUGCAGCCGCUUUGACAGAAGCCAGAAGGGACUCUUAUAGGCCUCCUUCCCCUUCUGAGGUCACGAUCCCCUCCUUUCCUGAAGAGCCAUCCUUGGAACCUCCCAGACACAAAGACAAGCAUUAUGAGCCCAUUGACCUAGAAUCAGAGGAGGAUCGGCAUUUUAAGGUGAAGCUAACAGGCUCCAGGAGUAGGAGGCAACAAGGUUUGGAUGCCAGUUAUGAGAAGACCCAAUCUACAAGGAAUGAUAGAAGGGAGAAUGAAGAGAUGCCUUCGGGUUUUGCCAGACAAGGCCGGAGAUCAAACGCCCUGAAGAAAACUGAUGACGCUGAAUUUGCUACCGGCCUUCUAAUCGGAGCCAUUGAUACAGCUGAAGCCGUGCAGAAGAAGAAGGACCGCUACAGGCAGGAGCUGCAAGAACAGAUAGCCGAGCAGAAAAGAAACAAGAUGAGAGAGAAAAAAUUGGAGCUAAGAGUUGCUGUAACGAGGGCAAACGAUCCAGAGAAUCAGCACCAAGUUGAGCAGUUUGGACUGAACAAGAGAAGGGACCUUAACUUCCUGCAGCCUUCAGCGUUGGGAGAGAGAGAAUCUUCAUCCAGAUGUUUAUCUAAUAAAGACAAAACUGGCAGUGGUGGCAGGCUGACGCCUCCACCCGAUCAACCCCGUUUGGCUUUUCAGUCUCCAGUGAUGGAGGGCAGCUCCACCAUGGACCUGGUGGAAGGUGGAAUGUCUUCUAAUAGCCAGCCUGCUACCUUCUUCCAAAGAGCUAUGGAUACUCCAAGAAUUCCCUGGGUGCUUCCUCACCCUCCUCUUAAUGUCAUGGACCCCUCCCGAGGCAACUAUGGCGAGCCUCAUCACUACUAUAGAAACAUGGUUGACCCAAACAUUGCCUACUAUGGUCAUUUGCCUUACCCUGCUAUGGGUCUUCCCAUGGUUUACUACAACAUACCACCAGGAGGAGCUGUGCCCAGUCAUUUGGGUGAUGGGAGACCCCAUAGUGGAAACAGGCUUCCUGAGCUCCCACCACAGUCCAAUACUAAGCCUGUUAAUACAACCGCCCAGGCUGGGCUUUCCCCUUAUACCACCAUACCACCAGGAGGCGCUGUGCUCAGUCAAUUUGGUGAUAUGAGGCCCCACAGUGGAAGCAGGCUUGCUCAGCCUCCACAGCAGUCCAAGACUGAGCCGGGUACUUCGGCCCCCCUUACUGGGCUUUUUCCCCCAGAGAGUUCCCGAUCAACCAAGAAAACAAAUUUGGACUACUUAGAGGGCCUACACAAACAGGGCGAUGCCAGGAAAGGGGACAGCCGGCUUUUCAACAAGAUUCAAGAGCAGCAGGAGCGAAAGCGUGUGGAGAGGGAGGAGCAGGAGCGUUACGAGGCAAAAUUGAAGGACGACAUGAGAAGACAUCAACCUUGGGGUCGAGGUGGAGGCGGAGCCCCACUCAGAGACAGUACAGGACAUUUAAUUGCUGACCUUAGCCAGAUGCACAAGCUGAAUGAAGAGGCCAAGAGCCACCCAGAUCGAAGGAGAGCAGCUGUGAUGACAGCCAACAACAGGGUCUCUGGUACUGUACCAGAGAGCAGUUGCACUGACACUAGUGACCGGCUCCCUGGCUUCACCCAUGUCCAAACGCCCCAGUUGGUAGUGGGCAAUAUGUUUGACAACCAGCUCACACAGGAGCAGUUCACACAGCAGCAGCUCCGUGACAACGAGAAGUACAAAGCUGAACUCAAACUGCAGAUAGAGGAGAAGCAGCGUAAACAGGCAGAGGAAAGGGAACAGAUCAGGCUGGAGGAAGAAAAGUUAGAUAAGAAGGUGGCAGAGGACAUGGCUCGCAUCCAGAGAGACUACGAAGAAGAACAAGAGAAGAAGAAACAAAAGGAGAUGGAGGUUAAGGCCAGAGUCGAGAAACAACAUCUGCUGGCAGAACAGAAACGGAAGGAAAUAGAAAGUAAGAAGGCAGAGGAGAAGAAAGAAGCAGAAAGUAAAAAGGCAGACGAAAAGAAGAAAGCAGCACAGGAGAAGCAGUGUGAACAAGAGAGGGAAGCCCAAAUAGAAAUGGUUCACAGGGAAUUGCCCCCAUCAAAGUCCACCUUGGAGAGGAAACAGCAGUGCAGCUCUAGGCCUCCCACCAUUGAGAGCCGACAAUCCACUGCUCCGCUUUCUGAACAAUCUGUGUCUAUCCCCCAUUCUCCACCUGCUUGUAGGAAUGAACUUCGAUCUGCAGCUGAGCAACGGGAGGUGUACAGCAAAUUGUCAGCAUUGCGUCAGCAGCUUCACCGUAGGCUAAAACGAAUGGAGCCAGAAGUCAAUCUACAAUAUGAAGAUUGGGAUGAAAUGGACUCCCUUUUUGCUCGAAGACAAGCGCACCAGCAAGUGGAUGUGUUUGAAAUGGCCAGCCGGCGGCCCCAGGCUCCAGUUCGAAGGCACAACUCCAGGAAACUGCAACCUAGUACUCUGCUGCAAAUUCAUGACUUACUUCAACUCGAUCACUCCGGUGAUGAACUCUUAAACUUUUGUGUAUGUGACUCAGAUGGUGAGUCCAGGCUCAGCUCCACUGAGGUCCAAAGAGAGAAAACAGGGGGCGUAAUCAGUCGGAGUAGGUGGGACGACAUGGAACCGCGUCAGAGGUCAACACACCAGGAUGAUUGUUUGGACAUAUCGCCUCCAGAUCAAAACCACUAUCUGGGAAGUGAAAUGGGCCGACUUCCACGAGGAUCUCUGCUGGAGUCAGAGAGUGCCUUCCUCGCCACUUUGGGAGAAGAUUUUCCAGUACCAAGCUCCCCAGAUGUUAACAUGACACACCAACCCUCAGCUCGGGAAAGGAGGAGGCUGACCAGACGGUGCCCAUACCCACAGGAAGAAGAGUCCUCCUAUGACAACCCUUUCCACAUAAGUAGCCGGAAGCAGAGAGUAGCGGAGUCCAGCAUUGAAGAAAAGGACCAGGACAGGAUAUUCGAUUUGAAAGACCCCAUUUGUCGUGGAAAUACAGCCGGAACUGUAUAUCUGUCUGAUGAUGACUCUUUACCUCCCCCGUUUUGCCCCCUCACUCACAAUCGUCAAAGUUCAGUAGAAUCAUUCUCAACUGAUCCCUGGAUGCGACCAGGUACUUCAGAAACUCUUAAGUGUUUAGAGCGCCCAUUGAGGAGGGAGCCAUUAACAACGCAGGAGACGGUCCGUUGAAUGAUGCAGAAGUUUUCCGACUUCACUCUUCGUUUGAUUCCUGUUGAAGAUGUGACAUAUGAAUGUGACUGAUGUUACUACUUUAUUUGCUAUUGUCUAUGUCACCGAUACCCAAUUGGAUCCAAUGGGCCAAAUUUGGGUUGCUGGGUUGUUUCGUUUAGCCCGCCAAAGUGUGGCCUCUCAAAUAUUUUACAUAAUUGUACUGACCUGUUUUAAGAUCACACAAUCAUUGAUGACAUGUCUGCAAAGAAACUACCUACUUCUCAACAUCUCCACUACCUUAUAUAUAUGGAAGUAUAGGGCUAAACUCAUUCAUGGUGAUGCUGUACACUUAAAAAUCUCUGGUGGGCACAUUUUCACUUUGGCACCCCUGGUCUAUGUUAUCAAGAGCUUCAGUGCCAAUGUUCAAUGAAUUCAUAGUUUUAUAUGGGCAGCUUUGUAUUUAAUAAUUUAUAUCAUCGUUUAUUGACUAGAGAGAUGUUAAAUAAAUAUUUGUUUUAUGA